UUCGACAAUUAAUAGCUGUUUAUUUUCAACGAAAUGGAUGAAAUUCUGUUUCCCACACAAAAUUCCUUAAGCGACAAUGAUGAUGGUGAUUUAAAAUUCUUUAACACCGCUACCGAAAGCCGCAAAGACAGCGAAACCUCCGACACAGCAGAUGUUGAUGGCAGGGAUAUUAAGAAUGAUGGCGAUGCAGAUGGUGACUCCGGCGAGCCAUCUCAAAAGAAGCUGAAAACCAAAAAGGAGCUAGAAGAAGAGGAACGCGAGCGCAUGCAGGUGCUAGUGUCUAACUUUACGGAAGAGCAGCUUGAUCGCUAUGAGAUGUAUCGUCGCUCUGCAUUUCCGAAGGCUGCAGUCAAAAGGCUUAUGCAGACUAUAACUGGGUGCUCGGUGUCUCAAAACGUGGUUAUAGCCAUGUCGGGCAUAGCCAAAGUGUUCGUUGGUGAAGUGGUGGAAGAAGCUCUGGAUGUAAUGGAGCAGCAAGGCGAAUCAGGUGCACUGCAGCCAAAAUUCAUUCGGGAAGCUGUGCGAAGGCUACGCAGAAAGGGACGCAUGCCCAUUGGGCGCUUUCAGCAGCCGUAUUUUAGACUAAACUAGACUUAAGAACUAGGUUAAGGCCCGUAGUUAGUGAGUGAAAACACUCGUACUCCAUAUA